GAUGUUCGCUUUGAAGUACCUUUUGCUGUACGCGGGGGUAAUCGCGGGUUCAUCUCAAACCUGGCAUGAGAAAGCUGCGAAAUAUGCAAGGAAGUCGGUCCCACGAAUCUCUACAAAGGAUGCGCCGCGAGCGGAAACCACUUCGUUGUUCUUGAACAACAGGACAGCCAGUUUUGCUGUCAAUGGCAGUGCGCUCCCAGAAGUGGAUUUCUUCAUUGGUGAAAGCUAUUCAGGAACACUGCCGAUCGCUCCAAUUCCUUCGAAUACGACGGAUCCGAAUCAAUUGUGGUUUUGGUUCUUCCCUUCCAGCAAUCCGCUCGCGUCGAACGAGAUUGUGAUAUGGUUGAAUGGCGGACCAGGCUGUAGCUCAUUGCUUGGAUUAUUGCAGGAAAAUGGACCAUUUCUAUGGCAGCCUGGAACCUACCAACCAAUCCAAAAUCCGUACAGCUGGACGAAUCUCACGAAUAUGAUCUACGUUGACCAACCCGUCAGUACUGGAUACUCCCCAGGAAACAUAAGUGUGAACAACGAGCACGACGUCACUACUCAAUUUAUGGGCUUCUGGAAGAAUUUCGUGGAUACAUUCUCUUUGCAAGGAUACGAUAUUUACAUCGCCGGCGAGAGCUUCGCUGGUCAAUAUAUACCCUAUAUCGCCUCUGGUUUCCUGGAUGCAAAAGACAAGACUAGUUUCAAUCUCAAAGGCAUAAUGAUCUACGAUCCAGCCAUAAAUUCCCUCGAUACCCUGAACCAAGCUGUCGUUGUUCCCGCUCUUCAAUAUUUUCGAAAUGUGAUCCCACUCAACGAGACAUUCAUGGCGGACAUCACAGCAAGAGCGCAGUCCUGCGGGUACACCGAUUUCUUCAACAAAUACACCACUUCCUUUCCCCCACCGGGACCCAUUCCGAUACCACCAAAUUCCCGCCUCCCAGGCUGUGAUUUAUAUGACGAUAUUUAUAAUGCGAUUUAUUAUACGAAUCCGUGCUUCAACAUUUAUCACCUCAUUGAAUACUGCCCCUACCUCUACGACGAACUUGGUUUCCCCUCUCUCGCCGGCGGCCCAAACAAUUAUUUCAACCGCAGCGACGUCCAAAAAGCGCUGCAUGCCCCGAUUGGUACAAACUUCUAUGAGUGCGCUGGCGGCCCAAACCUCUUUCCUAAUCACGACCAAUCCAUUCCUUCCGGCCUCGGCCCCCUCCCCUCAGUAAUCGAAAGAACAAACAACACCAUAAUCGGCCACGGCCUCCUCGACUUCAUCCUCUUCGCAAACGGCUCCCUGAUCACCAUCCAAAAUAUGACCUGGAACGGACACCAGGGCUUCCAAUCCCCUCCCUCAUCAACCAUGAAUCUCUUCGUCCCUUAUCAUCCAAGCUUGAAUUACAUAUUGAGUAUUGCGAAUGACGCGAUCCCGAACACGCCGCCGCAGUAUGAUACGGCAGGGGCGGGCAUGCAGGGCACGUGGCACACGGAGAGGGGGUUGACGUGGGUUACGGUGCCGUUGGCGGGACAUGAGAUCCCACAGUAUACCCCUGGUGUUGCGUAUAGGAUGUUGGAGUUUUUUUUGGGGAGGAUCAAGGAUUUGAGUGUGAUGGGGAGCUAUACGACGCAGGGUGGGAAUUUUACUGGGGUGCCGUGA